AUUAAAUCAAGUCAAAAAAUAAUCCGUAUUGUAGGCCUUUCCGCUACGAUACCCAAUUAUGUCGAUGUAGCUCGAUUUUUAGGGGAUUAUUUUAUUUUGACGGUGGUUUUAGCCUGUUCCAUUAGAACAACAUUUUUUUGUGUCAAGUGUAAGCCCGAUUCAAUUAUUUCUAAUAACAAACUUAAUAUGAAUUGCUGGAAGAAAGUCUUGGAUCUCGUCAGAGAAAAACAUCAAAUGAUGGUUUUUGUUCAUUUACGUGAAGAUACAGUUAGAACAGCAAAAGUACUACAUGAGUUUGCAUUCUAUGAUGGACAUUCAGGAAAUAACAAAUUUAAUUUCUUGUUAAAAAAGAAAAUCAUUUCAAGCUUUAAAAGUCUUACUUACAUUAAUAAAAUAUUAGAUUUAUUUGAUGUGUCUACUCUCAAAGGUUAUAGUCUUGAAAUGCAAGAUGUUAUGGAAUCAAGAAAUAAAGAUUUAAAAGAAUUGUUUCAAUAUGGUCUUAGUAUUCAUCAUGCCGGCAUGUUAGAAGCUGAUCAAUCAAUGACAGAGCGUUUGUUUUCCGAAGGAUUUAUAAAGAUCUUUGGUAGAGCAGGUCGUUUCACAGAUAAAAUGGUUGACAAUUUGAAUGCAGAGAUUUCACUUGGCAAUGUGACAAAUAUUGAUGAAGGAGUUCGAUGGCUGGGUUAUACGUAUCUAUUU